AUGAGUACUACUCAACUAAGUGAAUCAUUCAAUGCAUUUUUGAAGGAUUAUCUCAAUUGUUAUCAUAACUUGAUGGAAUUUUUCAAGCAUUUUCAGAGGGUGCUCUAUGACAAGAGGUAUAAAGAAUUGGAAGCCGAGUAUAAUUUGUCUCAAAAAUUGCCAAGGGUUUCCAUUCCAACUGUGAUGUUAAAGCAAAUGGCAGAUAUUUACACCAAAACAAUUUUUGAGGAAUUCCAAAAUAAGUACGUGCAGUCCAUUGAAGCGUCCAUUGUAGGCACUAUUCAUGAUGGUAAGAGUACCAUAUUCAUAAUUCAAACGGAUGUAGAUGGAAAAAAAGAUAAGAAUGUGACAAUGGAUAGAGAUGGUUUUUUGAGUUGUAGUUGCAAGAAGUUUGAAGUGAAGGACAGAGUGUGUCGACAUUGUUUAAAGGUGCUUAGAGAGAUAAUCAAUGCAAAAGACCUUUCUACACAAUACAUACUCAAACGAUGGACUGAAAAAGCAAGGGCUGAAAGUGUGAAAGAUAGGCGUUGGUAUGAUGUCAAGGCUGAUGUGAAACUACAUCAAAGUGACCGAUAUAGGUCAUUGAUGAAUAUGUUUAGAGCAAUAGCAAGUAGAGCCGCCGAAAGUAAAGAAACUUAUCAUUUGUCACUUGCAAAAGGUGAAGAACUGAGUGUCAUGGUUGACGACAAAUUAAGUGUGCACACUUGUGGUCAAGUGGAGAUCACUGAAUUCAGAAAUUCCUCAGCUAACACAUGCCUACAGAGUGAUGAAGCAGAUUGUCCAAUCCAAGCCAAGGGACUCAAGAAAAGACAAACAACUAGUAAAGGAAGAAGGAGGAUCAAUGGCGGGAUGGAAAAAUCUAUUGCAAAGAAGAAAAUAAUGCAAUUUAAGCAGGGUGAUGGUUUUUGUACUCCUGAAGGUCAAUCUAAGACUCCUGUCGCCAUGGGUAAUAUUUCUAGUCAGGGUGGUUCUUUUUUUACUUCUCAAGGUCAAUCUCAACCUUCUUCCGCCGUGGGUAAUCAUUCAAUACAGGGUGUUUACACUCCACAAGGUCAAUCUCGACCUCAUUUUUCCAUGGGUAGUAAUUAUGUUGAGGGUCAUGGUUGUGCAAUCUAUAUUUCUCAAUCUCAAUCCCAAUCUCGACCUGAAUCCCAAUCUCAACCUUCAUUUGCCAUGGGUCAUACUAGUGUUCAUCAUGUCAUGUAUCCUACAUAUGAUGGAAAUAACACGCCUGAGUCAAUGCCGCCUCAUUCAAUGCCUUUAGUGUAUCCCACUCUGACAUCGUUUCAAGAGUUGCUUCGAGGUACUAGUGUAGUCCAACUGUCGCAAGCCUCACAUAGUCCUGCUGACAGUCAUGUGGAUGGACAUCCCUGGAAGGCUUGCACCGAACAAUGA